AUGCUCGGCAACCUUCUGUUCCUCGGUCUGGCCGGCCUUAACUGUGUCGUAUCGGCUAAACCUCACGGGCAGCCACCACCUCGGCCGUGGUCGACAUUUGCAGAAAAUGUCAUCUUCCAGCCUGACUCUAAUCACAGCGUUCUCUAUCCGCGGCAAGUCGAACUGUCAGAUGGAACUCUCCUGGCGACAGCCUCGUACGGGGGAGAUAAAAUUCCGUAUUUCCCCAUAUUUCGAAGUGCAGAUGGUGGUGCUACCUGGUCCUGGAUCUCCAACAUGACAGACCAGGUUAACGGAUUGGGGAUGGCCGCUCAGCCAGCGCUGGCUGAGCUGCCAUAUGCCAUUGGUGACUUCGCAGCCGGCACGGUACUAGCCAGUGGAAACAGCUGGGGAAGCCAGAGCACGAACAUCGAUUUAUACGCCAGUGAAGACAAAGGUCACACAUGGAAGUUCGUCAGUAAUGUGGCGAGGGGCAGUGGACCGGAUACUACGGAUGGGAAUCCAUGUAUUUGGGAGCCAUUCAUUCAGGUUUUCAACCACACAGUUGGCGUGUUUUACUCUGAUCAGCGUGACCCGGAGCAUGGCCAGAAGCUUGCUCAUCAGGAAUCGAUGGAUUUGAAAUCCUGGGGCUCCGUGAUAAACGAUGUGGCCUAUCUCAACUAUACUGACCGGCCUGGAAUGACGGUUAUUUCUUAUAUUCCACCUUUGGAGAAGUGGAUUCUGGUGCACGAGUUUCCGGGGGAGAUAGCUGGUCUGGGGCAGGCUAUCCGGUCUACUAUCGAUUGGCUGAGAGCCCAUUUGAUUUCCGAUUUGCCUUCGCCAAGCUCGUCUCCUUAUGUUGUCUGGUCCCCAGUCGGAGGUGUCAACGGAACCAUCGUCGUCAGUGACGCAGACUAUAGCAGCGUUUUCACCAACCGAGCCAAUGGCCAGCCUGACCAGUGGGAAAUGCACGCUACACCGCAGGGGCCAGCAUACAGCCGGAGCCUACAUGUGUUUGCAGAGCAUCCCGAUCACUUGAUGAUACUGGGUGCAGGUGUGUUUGGUGGACAAGAGAAUUUGCCGCUCUCUCUCAGCGUUGUGAGCUUAACCGAUACCUUAAGGCAGCGACCUGGCAAUUAG